GUCCUCGUUCGCGCCAGCUCAAGCUUCAACAAAGAAGGCGCCGCGCAGGUGACAGCUGAGCAGCGUCUCGCCCGCCCGCGGCCCGGGGGCAGGCGGCUGCGACAGCCACGGUCUCGGCACGUGUCCCCCGGGGCUCGGCGCCGCUGGGUUGUCUGUGUGUGGAGCCCCCCCCCCCCCCCGCGGCUCUCCCAGCCCUCCCCCCCCCCCCGCCGCGGGGCCGGCGCCACCGCUGCAGGGUACGGCGUUCACCUGUCAGCCGCCGCCGGGCCGCGGGCCAGCUGAUCACGUGUGCCCGGCGUGGCCGCAGGCUGCCGGGCCGGGCCGGACCGCCGCGCCGGCCGGUCGGCCCUCAUACGGCGCACGGCGGACCGCGGCGGCGGAGUGGCUGGAAGACAGAGUCCGAGUCCGAGUCAGUUCAGACUUCAGAGUCAGAACCCCGGCCAUCUGCUCCACUGCAGCGGCGCCAUGCCUGAGCUACCCAGUGAGAGGAAGAAGCGCGGCAUGCCGCUCCACCAGGUCAGCAUAGAGUCGCCGGGACCCACCAUGAAGGGGUGCGUCUUCAACUUCGACGUGCCCAUGCCGGAGGUGCCGCCCUCCGGCGCCCGGAUCAGGGUGAUGUGUGCCGGCGUGUGCUACCGCUCGAAGCGCUCCAUGUCGAUCAACAGCGGCGCAUCGCUUUCCUCGAUCGGCUCCGACCACUCGAGCUGCAGCAACAAGGGCGUGCGCGACACGUCGCUGUUCCCCGGUUUCGAGGUUGCCGGUCAGAUUGAGAGCUUCGGUGAAAAUGUGGAUCCGAAAUGUGGUCUGAAGGUCGGCGACAAUGUCAUUGUGUACCCGUACAUAGGAUGUCCCGAAGGGUACGCCGAGUACGUGGCCGUCGAGGACGUCCAGUACCUGGUCAAGGUGCCGGACGAGGUACCCAUGCCGGUGGCCUCCAUGCUGCCCAGCGGCGGCCUGUGGGCCAUGAACUCUGUGUUCACCGCCAGACAAUACGUCGAGAAGCUGCUGAAAGAGCGCGGCGACAAAGGCAAGGUGAACGUUCUGGUGGUGGGCACGGGCGGCCUGGCGCUCUGGGCGAUCCGGAUCGGGCGCCACUACUUCCCCGAGUGGACCGAGGGCCAGGCGGUGCGACUGACUGUGGCGGUGCUGCGUGACGAGGGCCUGCAGAGCAUCACCGAGCAGGAGCACCAAAAGGUGAACAUCGUCCAGUGGAGCGAGGACUGCUACGAGACCCAGCUGAUCGAGCGAACCAUCAACGCCUGCGAGGGCAACGUCGACAUCAUCAUCGACUUCGCUGCCAACCCGCGCUCCAUGAACCGCUCCCUCAAGUGCCUAUCCAAGGGCGGUGUGAUCGUGAUCGGCGCCGAGACUGCCCAGCGCUACGUCAGCCGGUUCGAGAGCGUGGCGCAGGCCAGCGAUCAGACCAUCGUGCCCGUCGAGAUGGGCUCCCUCGAGCAGCUGCACACACUCGUACAUCUCAUCGCCUCCAAAAAGGUGGAGCCGCCCCCUUACAACCUGUUCCCGUCCGACAAGGCUGAGGAGGUCUUCAUGAAGCUGGGCCGCGCCAAAAUCCACGGCCGCGCCAUCCUGCACUUUGACCCGAUCCCGGACGCCCCGGAGACGUGAACUGCGCCGGAACACAGCGGAGACCCGCAGUUGUACGGCGGAGGCGCGGCGCCACCUGUGGACAGUUGUACGGCGGAGGCGCGGCGCCACCUGUGGACAGUGUCACGGCGGAGGUGCGGCGCCACCUGUGGACAGUUGCGCGGCGCCACCUGCGCAGUGUCCCGGCGGAGGCGCGGCGCUACCUGCGGACAGUUGUACGGCGCCACCUGCGGACAGUUGUACGGCGGAGGUGCGGCGCCACCUGUGGACAGUUGCGCGGCGCCACCUGUGGACAGUGUCCCGGCGGAGGCUCGGCGCCACCUGUGGACAGUGUCCCGGCGGAGCCGCGGCGCCACCUGUGGACAGUGUCCCGGCGGAGGCGCGGCGCCACCUGUGGACAGUUGUACGGCGGAGCCGCGGCGCCACCUGUGGGCAGUUGUACGGCGGAGGUGCGGCGCCGCCUGUGGACAGUUGUACGGCGCCACCUGUGGACAGUGUCCCGGCGGAGCCGCGGCGCCACCUGCGCAGUGUCACGGCGGAGGCUCGGCGCCACCUGCGCAGUGUCACGGCGGAGCCGCGGCGCCACCUGUGGGCAGUUGUACGGCGGAGGUGCGGCGCCGCCUGUGGACAGUUGUACGGCGCCACCUGUGGACAGUGUCCCGGCGGAGCCGCGGCGCCACCUGCGCAGUGUCACGGCGGAGGCUCGGCGCCACCUGCGCAGUGUCACGGCGGAGGCGCGGCGCCACCUGCACCCCGGCGCGGGCCGCUCAGCGGGACCGUGUGAGCGCCAGUGUUCAGCCUAUGACCGAGUCGGAGGCUCCGCGGCCACCCCGCGCAUGCAGGGUUUCCCGCAGGGACGGUGGUGUUCGCAAUAAUUUGUAGGAGCUGCUCGCCGGUGGUCGCCGGUGGUUGCCGGUCGCCGGUGGUCGCCGGUGGUCGCCGGUGGUCGCUGCUCGCCGGUGGCAGCGAUCCGCACUGUGCGCCCGACUGUAGGAGCCGCAGAGGUGGACCGCCGAUGGGUGGGUGGCAGGUGGACCGCCGAUGGGUGGGUGGCCGGAGGACCGCCGUUCAGAGUGUACUGUGUAAGGCGCUCCGCCACUCCGCGAAGCCGAGCUGAGCUGAUUCUGGUGCUGAUGCCCUCGGGGCGGUGAUAGCUGAGCAGUUGGCGCAAAUGGGACCGCAUGCGUGCGAGUGUAUGACAGGAGAAAAUGCGCUGUAUUUUUGUUCGCGGAACAAUGUGUCGUGGAUUCCGACGAGCAGUUGGGACAACGUUAGCAGACUGUGCGUUAUGUUUUGUCCGAUCGUUCAAAUAUGCUCUUAAAAGCUUAAUCAUUAAGUGCCCUGGCUUUCGUAGGAUUAGUUUUAGCGUUAAAGCUAUGCGAGAUGGAUGAGGCAGUGGGCCCCAGUAUAGCCGGGAGGGCUCUGUGAAAUCCCAAACACACGCGCUGCCGGCCGCUGGGAAGACUGGACAUUCGGUGUCCAUAUCUGCGGCAUACCGUUGUAAAUUGACUAAGUGUACGAGUAUAGGAGCGUGUCCAAUACAUGCAGACGACAAUCGAA